UGGUAAAAAUAUGAAAUUCAUAAUUUGUGAAAUUUAUAAUUCGCGAAUUCUCUUCGACUCAUCCUAGUAUUACAAUUGAAAGUAAUUUUUCUUUUGUGUUCACAAAAAUAGUGCAAUAAUAUUAACUUUUAAAGGUAACAUUUAGUAAUAAAUACUUGAUUUUAUGUUUAAAUUCGUGAAAGGUUAGUGCAACUUGUUAUUGAAAUUGCGCAAAAUCAAAGUUAGUGAUAAUCUUGAUUAAAAACAGGCUUUUUUGUCAUUACAUAGCACAUUGGUGUUGAUCGAGGAGGUGUGUUCGGUAGUUGUAAACGUUUAAUUCAUAGUGACUGAAAAAGACUAUGGGUCUUCUAACUGAAGGUAGUCCAUUGUCCUGGGAGGAGACCAAAAAACAUGCCCAACACGUCCGGGAACAUGGAAUAACACAGUUUAUUAAUCUCUACAAGAAACUAAGAGAUCGUGAAGGAGACAUACUCAAAUGGGGUGAUGAAGUGGAGUACAUUAUAGUUAAGUUCUUUGAUGACAAGAAAGAGGCAAAGGUUAGUUUAAGAAGUCAUGAGCUGCUUACCAUCCUUAACCAGAAAGAACAAGAUGAUCCUAAUGGUGUGAAGUCUUUGUGGAGACCAGAGUUUGGAGCUUACAUGAUUGAAGGAACUCCAGGACAUCCCUAUGGUGGUUUGCUGGCUCAUUUUAAUAUUGUGGAGGCCAAUAUGAAACAUAGGAGACAAGAGGUCAUGGAGUUGCUUCAGCCAAAUGAAACUAUUAUGAGCAUUACUAGUUUUCCAAGAUUAGGUUGUGAAAAUUUUACGGAUCCGUCUACAAAAGCAACGCCUGACAAAGGAGCUACCAGGUCUCUAUUUUUCCCGGAUGAAGCUAUCUAUCCCGGUCAUCCUAGAUUCGAGAACUUAGUCAGGAAUAUUAGAAUGAGACGUGGUGAAAAAGUUGCCAUUAAUUUACCAAUAUAUAAAGACAUAAAUACGAAGAUACCGGUAGAUGAUUCCAGUAAACACAGCAACGCAGCGUUAGAAGAUCAUGUCUAUUUGGACGCUAUGGGUUUUGGUAUGGGUUGUUGUUGCUUGCAGCUCACGUUUCAAGCAUGUAAUAUCACAGAAGCCAGAACGUUAUACGACCAACUUACACCUUUGUGUCCCAUUAUGUUGGCGUUUACAGCUGCCUCACCCCUCCAUAGAGGAUUCAUUACAGACAUAGACUGUCGAUGGAACAUAAUCGCGGGAUCGGUGGACUGUCGAACGGAAGAAGAACGUGGUCUUAAACCGUUGAAAGAGAACAAAUUCGUCAUAAAAAAGUCCCGAUAUGAUUCCAUCGAUUCUUACUUAUCUCCUCAAGGCGAAAAAUAUAACGAUAUACCUCUCUUAUAUAACGAGGAGGAUUACAAGAAGUUGAUCGAUAAUGGAAUAGAUCCGUUGCUAGCAGGACAUAUAGCGCAUUUAUUUAUUAGAGAUACAGUAUCGUUGUUUUCUGAAAAGGUUCAUCAAAAUGAUGAAGAGGAUUCGGACCAUUUUGAAAAUAUUCAGUCGACCAAUUGGCAGACGAUGAGAUUUAAACCUCCACCUCCUCAAUCAACGAUCGGAUGGAGAGUGGAAUUUAGACCGUGUGAGGCUCAAAUUACAGAUUUCGAAAACGCCGCUAUAGUGUGCUUCGUAGUACUAUUAACCCGGGUGAUACUUUCCUAUCAGUUAAACUUCUUAAUACCAAUUAGUAAAGUGGAUGAAAACAUGCAAAAUGCGCAAAAGAGAAACGCCGCAAGAGACCAGAAAUUCUGGUUUAGGAGAGAUAUCACCACACACGUGAGUCCACCCGCAGCAAACGAGUGUUGCAAAGGAACGACAAAAGACUGUGAUAUGUUUGUUCAAAUGACUAUUAACGAAAUCAUUAAUGGAAAAGGGGAAGAAUUUCCCGGUCUUAUUCCACUUAUUAACAACUACUUAAGCGGCAUGGAUGUUGACGCCGAUACGCACUGCACAAUUCAACAGUAUUUGAAGUUUAUACAAAGGCGAGCAUCAGGUGAAAUCCUUACAACAGCUUCAUGGAUAAGAAAGUUUGUUACAGAACACCCAGAAUAUAGGUACGAUUCUGUAGUAUCAGAGCGAAUAAAUUAUGACUUACUCAAGACAAUCGAGGAAAUUCAAUCCGGCAAAAAAUACUGUCCCCUGCUUUUAGGAACAAGCACGAUGUCAAAAACUAAAGAAAAUAUACCAACGGCUUUAAGAAAUGAUUGUUAAAAUGUUAUUAUAGUACUUAAAACAAACAACAGCGAAUUGGCACUGAAAGAAAAUUUGUUUUAUUAAGACUCAUUAGAAUCAGACAAUCUGAUCAGUAGUUUAAAUAUAAUUGAAGACUGGAUGUACAUAAAUAUGUAUAAUCUACAUUUUCAUUAAUUUUCUUAUUUGACAAAAGGUAUAAGCCAAUUCAUGAUGCUAUUCAUUCAAUAUAAUUUAUGCUUCAUCUUGAUUUGAUACUGUAUACACUUUUAAACACUGCUCUUGUCAUUCCAUAUAACUCAGUGACGGCUCGUGGCUUUAGGGACAGGGUCGGUAAAGUUUUGUCUCCUCAGAUAGGUAUGCCAUCUAAUUAAAAGGCUUCAAUUUCAUAGGAGAUUUUUGUUUUUUGUUUAUUUUUAUUUUUUUUUUCUAUAAUUUAGAACCUAAACCUGUUUAUAAAUUAACUCUAGUCUAUGUUGUUUCGAAGUAGCAAAAUGGGUUAUAAUGUCAUUGUAAAAUUUAUUAUUGUUUUGGAGAGAUUUUAAAAGUUUUUUUCUAUUGACAUCUGAGACAAGCUUGACAUUCUCUAUUGUUUUAUGGUGUUUCGAAAAUACGUUUUGACUCGUUUGAGACAAGAGAAAUCCCGUUCAUUUGAGGCAGAAUUUGCCCACAUUUGAGAACAAUAAUUUAUUCAUUUCGGGAACAGUUUGUUGUACCUAAUGAAUUGCGUAUAUAAAAUAAUACAUAUUUUGUAACUUAUCCCACCUUCCGAAAAUAUUUGGAUCAGCAUAUAAAAUUUAAUUUUCUUAUUUUAUUUGAUUAAAGAAUGAUGGAUAAUUUUUAAUGAACUUGUUAAUAGAUAUUUUGAAAAUUCUUUGGCGUAACUUUUAAAUUUUGAAUCGUCAAAGAGGUAAAUGACUUAUGACAGUGAGUAAAAAAAGCGGGGUGCAAUAAUUUAACUUUUGCCUGGAGACCAUACAGUUCACCGGACAUCAAGGCAGCGCCGUCAUAAGUUUGCCUUACCAAUUUAUUUUUGAUAUCAAAAAAUUUUAACCUGUCCUUUAAAACACCAACAAUAUAUUCUGUCUUAUGGCUUCUACUCACGUCUGAAAACCUAAAAACCUCUCAUAAAUAUUAGACGUAACGCGUAUCGAAGAACAAUAAUUGAUAAUUGUGAAUGACAUGUUACCUCUAUCAGUAGUUUCGUCUAUUUCUACCGAAAAGGAUCAAAACGUAACUACUAAUUGAUUGAUUCUUUCAUUCUGUGCUGUUUUUGUUACGUCGCUAAAUCUCUUCGAGACAGAAAGUAAAUUAGAAAAUUCCAGAUCGUAUUUGUUAAACAAUUUUAUUGGUUCUGUAUAAUUAACUUGAUUUAACGAAUGCUCCGAUUCAUCCUGUCCCCUAAAUGGUAAUUCCUGGCAACUUAAAAAACUGCAAUAUCAAUAAUUAAACGACGUAAAACUACUUAUUUCAUAGUUUCAUCCCGGGCGCGCUAGCAAGGUACGUGGCUAGGUACGUUCCUUGCUGCUGUUUGCAGAUCACCGAUCGGCAGAUUGGUAUCUGCCGGACUUACCAUUCAAAUGAAUACGGGGAAUGUAUAAUUGGUUGCCUAUCGGCUAAUAUUCUAUAGCUUCUUAUUACAAGCAAAUCGUCAAUCUGGGGACGGCUUGCCGAAACGGGCCUAUCGCAAUCGGGUGCAUGGCUAUAGGAUCAAUAAUUUGAAAAGUCUCUUACGCACAGCGCACAGGGAUCACAUAACGUAUCGGAUCGAUCGAAUUCUUUUAAAAACAAUGAAUAAAAUUUAGUCUCUAUUAUCUCACAGAUAUUUUUUUAUUUCCCAGAAACGAAUAUCAUCAACUCUGAUUAAAUUAAAUAUUUAAAAAAACUAUAAUGUGUCCAUAAAUGUGUGGGUCGGCACUGCCGACCCUAACCAGCCGCCACUGAUAUAACUGAAGGAUACAUCCCAAUAGAUAUUAAUAUUUAUCAGUAUCCGUAAUAAUAAUAAUAGAAAUUUUUUUUGUGCAACAAAAACAAUCCACAGGUGGUCAUAGUAUACAAUUAUUGAACAAUAUAUGGAUAAUAUUAGCCAUCUAGGGUCUGGUUAGACAAUCGACUAAAUUUCUACUUCUGGACUGAUGCUCUUCAAAAAAUACCAUUCUUCAAAUAAAACGUAUUACUUAUAAAUAGCAUUUUAAAAAGUUCCUUAAUUCCAAUAAUGUUCUUAGUUUUUAGCUAAUAUAUAAAUGACUUAUUUAGAUGUUUGUAAUAAAAUUUAACAUGUUUGUUAUGUAACAAGAUUUUUUUCAGGUGCCAACAUGCGCUUUGUUUUAAACGUAAACUGUUUAGUCAUUUUUAGUUUUGUUAUACUUAAAGAAGAAUUUUUAUAUGUAUUUAUAGAAAUAGAAUGUUGCAGUAUUUUACAACAACAGGGCAUUUAAAAAGAUUUUACAUAUUUAUAGUUGUGUUAAAUAGAUUAUUCUUGCUAAAA